UUUAAAAUUUUUAAAGUAAAGUUUAAAUAAUUAUAAUAUAUUAUCGCACCCAGUCCAUGAACUUUUUGAUAACCCCUUGUAUGUGCCUUUAAAACAAUCGACGCCCUGAAUAAAUAAUAUACUCUGUCUUUAUACCUGAACGGGAGUAGUACAUGAUGGAAUAUAAAAGAUUGCCAGACGAAACAUUUAUACUUUCGGAUCAUUUUCAUCAAACUCUUGAACCAUGUUUGGAGCCUGUGUUAAAUUUUUUAAGUUUAAAUGAAUAUUGUGAUCAACCUGUCAAUAUAGUGGACUUCGGGACGUGCGACGGACAAGCUAUUACUCCAUUCCUGAAAAUUCUGAUCGGAAAAAUUAGAGCCAAACCAAUAUCUGGAGAAAUUGCUGUGUUUUUCAACGAUCAAAAGACCAACGAUUUCAACGCUUUGGUCAAAACUAUUACAGUUUUCAAAGAAGAAAUGAAUGAUCCUCUCCUCCGAAUUUUCAUCAAUCCUAGCAAUGCAUAUGGGCGCUGCCUUCCGGAAUCCAGUGUCGACAUUGGCAUUAGCACAUUCAUGGUGCACUGGCUAUCCACGCCGAUACGUCUCGAAAAGGAUUUAAUUUACCUGCCUGGGAAGUCUGAAAACAAAGAAGUUAUAGAAAAAGCUGCCGCCCAAGAUUGGAAGAAUUUUCUCUCCGUGAGAUCCAGAGAGAUGAAAAAAGGUGCUGUGUUUCUCUGUAUUGUGCUCUACUGCGCUACAGAAUUAGCUGAAAUUCUUUGUGAUGAAUUCCAUCAACUUUAUGAAAGAAAUAUCAUAACAAAGGAGGAGUUGUCAAACACAACCCUACCAUCGUACCCCUACAGAACAGAGUCCGAGCUCAGGGCACCGUUUGACGAUAUUGGACAGCAGAUCGGCAUUCAACUUCUAGAACUGCGGAAAAGACCUGUAAGGUCCUGUGAAAAUAAAGAUAUUGUUGGCAAUGUGAGGUUAUGGCUGUUUUGCACUUUAAUGGCGGGACUCGGUAAAACCAGAAAUGACAAGGAAGCUGGAGAAAUCUGUAACACCUAUUUUGAAAAUUUAAGAGAUCGGUUAUCAGACUGGAAUUAUAUUGAUUUUUUCGUGUUUGAUGUUAUUUUCCAGAAAAUGUAGUGAUAUUUUAAGUUACACGAGUUUCACAGGAGAUGUCUUGCGAACUUUUUCGGACCUUUUGUAUCAUCAUUAGUGGAUUUGUAUAUUAAUUUAUCCUUUUUGCCUUAAAGGUGCUUAGACACGAUUUGAAGUUAAUAUUUACUCAAAUUUUCUGUUUAAUUUCAUGACUUAUAUGUUGCUAUAGCAUUUCAUACGAAAAUUUGAUUAAAAUCUUAUUUUAUCUGGAAGUUAUUGAAGCUUCGAAUUUCUGGACGCGUUUGAUAGUCACAUCCUUGCACUUUCACAAAUUUUAACUUUAUCCUUAUUACUUAAAAAAAGUAGCAAUUUUGUUGUUUAUUAGUGAAAAUUAUUAAAAGUAUAAUGCAGAAAUUUUAGAGUAGAAAUGUAGAAAGCAAACUCCUCUCACCAGUAUUGUCAGUCCGUGCUCAGUGGUGUUUGCAGAGUUUAACAAUUGAACACACCCGGAGAAACGUAAACAUUAACAACAACAGAGCUCGUGCUCUGUUUACAAAGACAGGUUACGUUUCACGGGUGUAUUCAAUUUGUUAAACUCUGUACACAACUACACAACACUAAGCACGGGCUGACAAUACUUAAGUGAGUGGGUUUUGCUUUCGCACAUUUUUACUCUGAAUUUUCUGGAUUAUAGAUAUAUUAUUCAUUAAAACACAACAAAAUUGCUACUUUUCUCAAGUAUUAAGGAUAAAGUUAAAAAUUGUGAAAGUGCAAGGAUGUGUUGAUAAAAAGCCUCCCGAAAUUCGUAGUUUCAAUAAUUUCCAGAUUAAAUAAGUUUUUAAUUUUAUUUUCGUGUGAAAUGCUAUAGCAACAUAUAAGUUGUGAUAUUAUACAGAAAAUUUGAGAAAAUAUAAACUUCAAAUCUGUGUCUAUGCACCUUUAAGGAUAAAUAACACAAACUUUUUUUCCCCCAGAAAUCUGCAAUAUUUCUCAUAGAAUAAUAUUAAAUAGAUUAACUGAAUAUUUUCCAGGUAAAGUGAGAGAAUUUUGUAAUAUUUUGUCACUAUGACAAAAAUAUGUGCAAAAUUUUGUUUAGAAUUAUAUAGAAAACGAUACAAAGUUGCAAAUCUCAGCACCAAAGAAAACUUCGAUUUCUUUAUAUUUCAUUUCCAUUCAAAAUCAAUCAAAAAUGUAUAUCAAUCCAUGAUCAAAUUUAUGUUUGUAAUAUGUAUCCUUAAAGAACUAAAUAUUUUGAAUAUACAGAGUGCAAUAUACACAGGUGUUAAACGGAUACUUUCCAUAGAUUUAUUACAUGAAUAAACUGAGAAUACUUAUAUAAGAACUGUUUAUUUCAAAAAUAUUCAUAAGGAAUUUCAACAUGUAUGAAACGACACAAAGUAUUUUUUCAACUCUUCGUCUACAUGUAAAAUCAGUAUUCUUAUUAUUUGUGCUGCACAUUUCACAAUUCUUCCUAAUUGGAACGUACUUUGCUAAAAGCAAGAGACGGUAAUUGGGGCCUGCCUGUCUGAAAACUUUCAGGGCUCUCACAACACUUUUUGGGACAGGGACCGGGGUCGUUCAAAUUGGGAAAAUUAUCGACAUUUGGGGAAAAUUGGGAAAACUAACAAUCAUUAAAAAAAAAACAUUAAUUAGCAUUUUGGUAUCAAUUUAAUUCUGCUUUUAAAUAAACAGAACAAACAUGGACACUAAGACUAUUAUAUGUCCAAAAAUCUGUCUUUCAUGUUUAUGAAGUGCUCAAUUGCCGUGUUCAACUGGCCAGGUGUCAGGGUGCCGUUGGACUCUGACACCUUGCGUAUUAUAGCAUCCAAAGACCUUUGUUUGAGACAGCUCCGCUGGGAGUGCAAAUAGUGUUCAUCAGCGAAAAAAGCUUUUCAACACAAGCAGUAGAACUUGGAAUGAUGGUGGUCAACAGGACCAGAUAAUGGAUAGCAGGAUAAGAUAUUCUGAGAAUAUCAUCCUGUUGCAGCUUCCUUAGUAGAAACGUAGGUUCUUCCAAGUCCUCUGUAUAAGCCCUCUGUCUGUAAGCCAAUGAAAUUUGCCUAAUGAUAAUCACAUAAUGACAUGUAAA